AUGCCUCGAACAGAUGUCUCGUUCAAGACCUCCGACGGCGUGACCCUUCGCGGCUGGUUCUUCACCCCUCCGCCCACCGCCAGCGGCUCUUCAACGGGAAUUAAACUCCCAUGCUUGAUUCUGACCCACGGCUUGUCGUGCAUCAAGGAAAUGGGCCUGUCGGAGCUCGCCACCAAGUUCUCCGAGGAAUUAAACAUGACCUGCCUCGUGUACGACCAUCGAGGAUUCGGGACCUCAGACACCGCCCCAGGUCAACCUCGGCAAGAGGUCAUAACCUGGUUGCAGACCAGCGAUAUGCGGGACGCCAUCACAUACGUGCAAGGCAGGGAGGACGUCGACCGGUCGAAGGUCGCGCUGUGGGGGUAUUCCCUCUCCGCGGCCGAGGCUGUGUACGUUGCGGCGAUCGAUCGACGGGUGACAGCGGUGAUCGCGCUGGGACCGGGGAUGGACGGCACCGAGAUCGUGAGAAGGAUGGCUCCGCCUCACGCCAUGUUGGCCAUGCAGGGUCUGUUUGAGAUGGAGCGUCUGGCCCGUGCCGAUGGCAAGGAUCCGACCAGGGUGCCGGUGGUGAGCAACGAGCCCGGCGUGCAGGCGACGUUGCCGAGCCAGGAGUCGUGGGACUUCUUCUCCAAGUGGGCGACAAACGGAUCAACCUGGAAGAAUGAGUUGACAGUACGAAGCCUCGAGGACGUCUCAACCUUUGCACUGCCCAUUUCACAUCUCGACAAGGUGACUCCAACGCCCGUCCUCUUCGAAGUGGGCGCGAGGGAUACCAACAGUCCCCCCGACAUGUCCAUGAGGUGGUACGCGAAGCUGAGCGAGCCAAAGGAAGUGGUUCUGGUGGAUGCGGAUCAUUACCAGUUGAUGGUCGAUGGGAAGUUCCAGGAGACUUCUGCCGAUGCAGAUGCGUUUCUCAAGACUCGGCCGGAGCAGGGUGUGCACUUCGCAAAACGGGAUCUCUUCCAGGACAACAAACACCUGAGGGACCAUAUGUGCACCGAUUGGGCAUACCCGUCAAUGCUGUGGGAAAAGAUCUGCCGCGAAGCUAACGGCUAUGCGGGCAGUGCACGCAGCUUCGACGGACACCAACAGACGCGGGUGGACACCUCGUGGUUCCAGUUUCUGAUCAAGCAGUUGAAACCCAGGGCGAAUGCUUCCCAGCAAACAUACGACUACCAUUGGUACGAGAUGGGCUUCUUCAUAUACGCUCUAGCCAGCGGAGCCGCGGUGGCUUUCUGCUUCGACACACCGCAAGUAUUCCAGGUCGAGCUCCUGGAUUCACUGAACUCGGGGGAGAGCAAUCCGCCAAAGGAGGCUAUGGCCUUUCUGCAGUGCGCGAUUGUCAUUGAGGUAUCGCGGCUGUACGACUUCUCGGUCUGGUCUCUGAGAGAUCAGAUCAGGGCGAUUGAAAAGAAACGAUCGGACGCUCGCUACGUCGACUCGUCCAUCGAUUUCGCUCAGUUACACGACCUCGCUCGACACACCAUCCACACUUGCGAAGUUCUGGCCGUGGCUGCCGACACUCUCACAACGCUGCUGGGUGACUACCGUUCAAGUUCUGGUAGAAUCUGUGAGUGUUCCUUUGGGCCACGGGAGAAGCCAGACUGUCCUCACAACAAGAUGUGGUUUUGGUUGGGACUGCUCCAGAACUUUGGGCGACGAGCGAAAUCUCUCAACGACAGACUGUCCAACGAAAUCAACCUGGGUUUCAACCUCGUCGUGCAACGGGACACGCAAGAGACAGUCACGAUCAGCAGGAUGACGGUCGACAUCAGCAGCGCGGCAAGGGGCGACAGUGCCUCGAUGAAGACGAUUUCUGUGGUCACGCUUGCGUUCCUGCCGGCCACAUUUGUCUGCACCAUCUUCAGCAUGAGCUUCUUCACACUCAACGUGGACGAUUCGACAGGCGAGAAACACUGGCUGAUUUCGGAGUAUUUCUGGAUUUACUGGGUCAUCACCGUGCCGCUGACGGUCUUGACCUUGAUCUGCUGGUGGCUUGGGCAACGCAAGGAGGACAGGCGUGAAGAGAAGAAACGGCUGACUUGGAAAUCUGCAACCUUAUAG